CUGUUCACUGCGCGUGAACGCGCCUCUGUUUACAUCUGCUCGCGGGGUGGAAUUUCCCGGCUCGAGCCGGCGCGAACUACUUCCGCAAACCUUCGGCCGAUCGAAGACGCGUCUCCGUCAAGUACAGGGAAACAUGUUUGGUAAGUGAUGGAGGGAAAAGGCCCGUAUCGCAUCUAUGACCCCGGUGGGAGUGAUUGCCAGGUGAAAGACGAGGCCAGCAGCCUCAGCUACAGACAACUCCUAGAAGAAAACACCGUGUUGAGGGAGAGAAUGAAAGGUCUGAAGAGUUUAGGAGACCUGUUAGAGGAGUCUCAGUCGGAGGCAGCGAAACUUCGGAAGAGGGUUGAGGAGCUGGUGAGGGAUAAUGAAGCCCUGAAGUCCUCGGCGACCAGCUUUGCAUCCAGCCUGUGCAUGGGCGCACCGGUUCAGACGGACACACAAGGUCAUGGAAAACAUCACGGUCAUCACUCAGCAGAAAGACAAGAAUCCCGAGACUGCUUAGCUGGAAAUACUUUACAACCGGAGCCAACUGAAAGUUCAUCAGAGUUUGAGGUGGUAAAUAUGGAAGGGAAGACAGCCCCUGAAACCCAAUCGGCUGGAGUGAUGCACAUGCCACAGGAGAACCUAGAGCUGGCUAGUCAACUCCGCCGACUGGAGAGUUCUUUUAGCGUGUUUGCUGAAGAGUCCAACCCCAACCAGUUGCUUGCUCAUCUGGGCCGCAUGGCUGUAGAGUUCCACCACCUAUCAUCCAAAGUUCAGAAGAAUGAACAGAGAACAUCUCUUCUACAGAUGCUUUGCGAACAGCUAAGACAAGAGAACAGUGAUCUUAGAAAAAAAAUGGAGGAGGACCUUCAGUACCGCAACCGUGAUUUGGAACAGCUCAGGCAGGAGAACCUGAAACUGAAAGAGCAGGUCAAAGGAGGAGCCCAGGCAGCACUGAGCGAGCAGCCAAAGCCGAAGGAGGAGCAGAUGAAAGAGGAGAGAUCCAAAACCAAGGUGGAAAUGACCAUGAAUCAGCAGUCUGGUAAAGCUGCAGAAAAAACACCCUCUAAAACCUUGGAUCCGGAGGUGUACGAGAAGAAGAUCAAGCUUCUGGAGAAACAGAGAAAAGAUGUGCUGGAGGUGAACAAACAGUGGGACAUUCAGUGGAAUUCUAUGAAGGCACAAUUCGAGCAGAAGAUUACUGACCUCCGGCAGAGGCUCGCUGACUCCCAGAAAGCAGUUCUUGAACUCGAGGCAGAACGUGAGCAGAGACAGAGAGACUAUGACAAAAAACUCCUCCUCGCCAAGUCUAAGAUCGACAACGUGCAGGGUGAAAAGGAAUGCCUCACCUCAGAGACAUGUGAGUUGAAACAAAAGGUGCGUUACCUGCAGGACCAGUUGCUUCCACUUACUAAACAGAGAGAAUACCAGGAAAAAGAGAUUCAACGGCUCAACAGGGCAUUAGAGGAAGCAUUGAACCUUCACUCUCCAUCCUCCACUCAGCCAGGCAUGAACCUGGGAGAAGGUGUUGCCAACCUGAGACAGCAGGAGCUGCACACACAGAUAGCCGUGUUGAAGGAGCAGGUGAAAAUCUUUGAAGAGGACUUCAGGAAGGAAAGGAGCGAUAGAGAGAGAAUGAACGAAGAGAAAGAAGAUCUGAGGCGGCAGGUGGAAAGGCUACAGGGUCAAAUGACCAAUCUGACCAAUCAGCUUCAUCAAGCACAAAAUGAGUGUCAGAGAGAACGUGCAGAGAGGUGUAAACUGGAGCGACUGCAGAUGCAACAAAAGCAGGAGGGGCAACAGGAAAGGAGAACGUCUGACCCCACGUCUGGCACGGCCAACGGCCCCAUGAGCCCCCCAUACUGUGGCCCGUUUGUUCAGGUGGGCCAUCAAGGUCUAGAAGGGUGGCCCAUACACUUCCCCCCCAGGAUGCCUAACAUCAGCACGGCACCCGGCAGGGAUUUUCAGCCCAUCAACCCGGGAUUUCCCUGGCAGUCAUCAUUCCCACAGCCACGUGGUUCCAGAGGACAAGCAGACACAGCAAGACCCCCGCCAGAAACUGCAGAAAUGGGAGCAACUGGAUUUGGCAAAAGGGAGCGUCAGAACAUAGAUCCUGGAAAGCACUAAACACACAUUCUCUCUCCUGGAAUGGCUCAUGGCUAGUAGCAUGAUGCAGUUUAUUUUCAGUUGGCAUGGUGUGAACUAUUGUUUUUUUCCUACUGUAUAUAUAUAAAUAUAUACUGUAUCUACCACUGAUACAAAUGUUGUUUAUAAACUUAAGUUUUAUAAUCUUGUUUGUGAAACACUGUUCUGGCAAAUUAAGAAUAUAUAUAUACAUUUAUUAUUUGACCUUUUUACGAUUGUUGAAGUUUAAAUGAUCUGCUUUGUAUAAUUCUAUGCAGGAAUUGAAGUCAGCUAUUUAAUAGAUACAAUGAUUGGAUGUCAUUUUUACACAAUAUACUUAUAGAGUUAAAAGAAAAAAGUCAUUAUAGACCACUUUAUUAAUUAAAAAUCACUGUGUACUAUUAAAUGGACCGAGUAUAUUUAUAAUAGCUAUAAUAGCGGUUAACUUGUAUUGAGCCUUACAUCACAUAUAAAACACAAUUUGAGAAAAGAUAAAAAUGUAUCUAAAUGUUAAUAACUCUAUAGGUGAAUUGUCUUGAAAAUGUCCAACAAUAGACUGUGACUGAUUAGAUUUGCGAUUCAUUCAUUGGCUGUGGUUGUAAUGGUCACACAGAUGAAUGUGUCCAUGUGCAUGUCACCAUUGGGUGAUGUUACUCUCUGACUGGUCGUCUGCCCCACUAUUUGCUGAAGCCAUAUACACUCGUUAUAUCUUUUCAGUUAUUAGAUUAAGUUCAACACGGUUGUAGUUUCACUCUGUUAUGCCUAUGGCUUGUUGAUCUUAUAGUUACUUAUAAUUACGAGAGGACCCUCUUUGGUCCUAGUAAACAGAUGCCAGACGUGACAUGGUAGAUUUGCUUAAUAUUGUUCAAUAUUCAGUGUUUAAAAACAUUAUUCACAAUGUGCAAAUGGAAGCUAAGUUAUUUAUAAUCUAUUGUUUUGACAGCUGAGUGUGGUUUAUUGUCUUAAGUAAUGUUGUCUUUUGUGUAUUGUUUUGUGUCUACCUUUACAUAUUGUAGCUACUGGAAGAUUGUAGGAUGUGAGUUUGUGUCGUUGUGCAUAUGCACAUUCACGAGAAGUGGGCCAGAAUAAAUAAUUUAAUAUCUCAUUA